GCUGAGGACCACUGUAGAAAUCCGUUUCUCCGCCACAUCCGCUGCGCUCCGUCACCGCUGGAGAGCAAUAAACGGUGUCUCUAUCAGCCGCCUCACCCCGAAAACACCAACUUCGUUCAAAGUUCUCUCCUCCACAGACGCUUCAUCUGUCGGUUACAUCUGAAUUUAAAUAAUUUUCGUUUGUAACGCCGCCAGCCGCUGGCUAAUUCACCCUGUGCGCUCUGGUUUGCGCUCUCCGCUGCAAGUCCAGAUCAUUUCUACUGAUUCGUCGGAACGGCAACCGAGUCGUGAAGUCUCCGCAGUCACGUGAUAGAGACAAGACCGAAGAGAGGCAGUGUGUGUGUGUGUGUCUCCGUGUGUAGUUACAGGGGUGUCCCUCCUCCGUAUUUUUUUAUGCAGCUUGCCAUGCUGUAGACGCCGGAGCGCAGGGAGAGAAGCAGGAUUAAGGGAGGUGCGCCGGUCUCUCACCGGGCUACCUGUCUGUCUCUCCAGUCUUACUUCUGGUCCCCAUCGGUCCCUCCUCGUCCUUUCUGCGGUUGGCUUGAUUGCGCUGGCUCAAAAAGAAACAAAGAGCAUAAAACAGGUUGUUUUUUUCCACGUGCCUGCCAAAAGGAGGAUUGUGGCUCUUUCCGAUUUUUUUAUUUUCUAUUUUAUUUUUCUUCUUUGGGAUCUCCGUUUGGACCGCGUAGGACAGCCGUUCUGAGCUUGGAUGAGCCGCCUCACUGAAAUCCCGAGAUGGAGUUGAUGCUGAUGUGCUUCUCCGUUUGGAUAUUGCAGAGCAAUUCAGCCAAAGCGGACUCGAUCAUUCAUAUCGGUGCCAUUUUUGAGGAAAACGCUGUGAGAGACGAUGAGAUUUUCCAGCUUGCCAUCUCAGACCUGAGUCUGAACGAUGACAUUUUGCAGAGUGAGAAAAUAACCCACUCUGUGAAACUUAUUGAGCCUAACAACCCCUUCCAGGCUGUGCAGGAAGCAUGUGAGUUAAUGAACCAGGGGAUCCUUGCUCUGGUGACGUCCACAGGCUGUGCAGCCGCAAGUGCCCUGCAGUCUCUGACAGAUGCAAUGCACAUCCCCCACCUUUUCAUCCAAAGAAACGGGGAUGGCGGACCCCGGACCGCCUGCCAGCUCAACCCCAGCCCAGACGGAGAGAGCUACACGCUGGCUGCCCGUCCGCCUGUUCGAAUCAACGACGUCCUGCUCACCCUCAUCUCGGAGUUCCGUUGGCAAAAGUUCAUCAUCUUUUAUGAGAGCGACUACGAUAUCCGAGGUCUGCAAACCUUUAUGGACCAGGCGUCACGGCUUGGUCUGGAUGUGUCCUUGCAAAAGGUGGACCGCAACGUCAGUCGAGUAUUUACUGACCUUUUCAACACGAUGCGUACUGAGGAGCUCAACCGAUACCGGGAUACUUUGCGGCGGGCCGUGCUACUCAUGAGCCCUCGCGGAGCACAGGUCUUCAUCCACCAGGCUGUAGAAACCAACCUGGCAUCCAAGGACAGUCACUGGGUGUACGCGAAUGAGGAGGUAAGUGAUGCAGACAUCAUGGAGUUGGUUCACAGCUCUUUGGGCCGGAUGACAAUCAUUCGUCAGAUUUUCCCAUUGUGGAGGGACACCAACGUUCGCUGUAUGAGGAACAAUCAUCGCAUUUCCUCCCUGCUGUGUGAUCCACAGGAAGGCUACCUGCAGUCUCUUGAGGUGUCCAAUCUCUACCUGUACGACAGCGUUUUGAUGCUGGCCAACGCAUUUUAUAGAAAACUGGAGGACAGGAAGUGGCACAGCAUGGCCAGUCUGAACUGCAUGAGAAAGUCCACAAAGCCUUGGAAUGGAGGAUGGUCCAUGCUGGACACCAUUCAGAAGGAACGGAUCAGUGGUCUGACGGGACUGAUGGAUUUUCGUGCUGAAGGAUCCAAUCCACACGUACAGUUUGAGAUCCUUGGAACCAGCUACAGUGAGACAUUUGGGAAGGAUGUGAAACGGCUGGCAUUUUGGGACUCUACUCGUGGAUUAAACGGUAGCCUGAAGGAGAAUCGAAUUGAAAGCGGUAUGCAGGGAGUGACGCUCAAGAUUGUAACGUUACUGGAAGAACCUUUUGUGAUGGUGGCAGAGAAUAUUCUGGGUCAACCCAAAAGAUACAAAGGUUUUUCAAUCGACGUCCUGGAUGCCCUCGCCAAGAUCCUCGGGUUCAAGUAUGACAUCUACCAAAUUGGUGAUGGGAAGUAUGGAUCAGCACUCCCUAAUGGAUCCUGGAAUGGCAUGAUAGGAGAAUUAAUUGCCAAGCGAGCAGACCUGGCCGUGUCAGCCAUCACCAUCACACCUGAGCGCGAGAGUGUGGUUGACUUCAGCAAGCGCUACUUGGAUUACUCAGUGGGAAUUCUGAUGCACAAAUCUGAGGAAAAGAUCAACAUUUUUUCCUUACUGGCUCCGUUUGACCUGGCGGUGUGGGCAUGCAUUGCUGCAGCCAUCCCCGUGGUGGGAAUCAUGAUUUUUCUGCUCAGACGCAUUCAGGCCGUGCGGUGUCACAACAGCACGGGCCACCCUCCUCCUUCAGCCUCCACUUCCCUUCAGAGCGCCAUCUGGAUCGUCUAUGGCGCUUUCGUGCAACAAGGCAGCGACUCCAUCCUGGGCUCGGUGGCUCUGCGUAUCGUCAUGGGCAGCUGGUGGCUUUUCACCCUCAUCGUGUGCUCGUCCUACACAGCCAACCUGGCUGCCUACCUCACUGUGUCGCGCAUGGACAACGCAGUUCGGUCAUUCCAGGACCUGGCCAAACAGUCGGACUUCGCUUACGGGACGGUGAGGGACUCGGCCGUGUACGAGUAUUUUUACGCCAAAGGCACCAACCCUCUGGAACAGGACAGCACCUUCGCCGAGCUCUGGAAGAUUAUCAACAAGAACAAUGGCUUUGAGAACUCCGUCUCCAGCCCGUCAGAGGGCAUCAGGAAGGCAAAGCGAGAGUCCUAUGCCUUUCUGUGGGACAUGGCGGUGGUGGAGUAUGCUGCUCUGACAGACGAUGACUGCACACUGUCGAUAGCAGGAAACAGCAUAAGCACCCGGGGGUACGGCAUGGCCCUGCAGCACGGCAGCCCUUACAGAGACCUUUUCUCUCAGAAGAUUUUGGAGCUUCAGGAAAAAGGCGAUCUUGACAUUCUGAAGCAAAAGUGGUGGCCGAAGAAAGGUCGCUGCGACCUGCAAAGCCACACGGAUGCUCAGCCUGAGGGACGGGCGCUACGCCUCCACAGCUUCGCCGGGGUGUUCUGCAUCCUCGCUGCUGGGUUGCUGCUUGCUCUUCUCGUGGCUGCACUGGAAACAUGGUGGAACAGCAACCACUGCCGGAGAGAGAAGCCCAAAGAGGACAAAGAGGUGAACUUGGAACAGGUCCACCAGCGAUUGAACAGCCUCCUGGAUGAGGACUUAGCCCACAAGCAGCUGCCAGGCCAAUCUAUUGAGAUCUCUGCCUUGGACGUUGGCAGUAUGCAGCCCAGCCAUUCUCUGGAGGCCUUGUCUGUUCGAGACUACCCUACACACAGAGGGCCACCACCUCUGUCUGUGACCAGCUUCCUGCAGGAGGGUCACAGGGCAGGGAGGACACUAGGAGCGGCCACUGGCAGGACCUUGCCUCUGCCACUCAGCAGUGCCACCAUGCCCUCCAUCCGGUGCAAGCACAGGGCACCUAAUGGGGGGCUAUUCCGGCAGAGCCCAGUCAAGACACCCAUGCCAUUGGCCUACCAGCCAGCACCAGGAGGACCCAUCCCAGAAGCUGGUGAACACAGCCACGGGACAUCCAUUUAAGCACGACGAACACUCACAGACAGUCAAAUAGUAGAGUGAACUAAAACGGAGUGCCUACAGUAUCUGGAGAUAUAAAUAAACACUCAAAAACUUAUUAGCAGUGUUCAAGCCAGUGAAAUGACAUGGACACUGAGACUUUACUGUACAUAUGUGUAAGUACAAAGAAAGAGAAGCAACAUUUAAAAGUGUAUUUUGAAUAUUCAACUGUUCAGUUUAAAAAAUAUAAAAGUAUUGAAAAAAUGACUGUUCAAAAGGCUUUGUAAAUUUUGUUCUAAAUGAAUAAAGGUGACAAUUCUUUGUGGUUGUUUUCUAAGUGCCAAGUUCAAAGAUGUUUUCUUUUAAAUCAACAUUAACUGAUUGUACUGUGAUACAUGACAAAAACAUUUCACACUUGGAAAAAAAAAACACAUUGGAAGAGUUGAUUUUGUUUCAUAGAAAAACAAUAAAACUAUAACAAAAACA